AUGGAGGGCCUGAACAACGGCGACACCGCGUGGAUGGCCAUGUCCUGUGCUUUGGUUCUGUUCAUGACACCUGGGUUAGCAUUCUUUUAUGGCGGCCUAGUGCGAGACAGUAAUAUCGUCAACACGAUGAUGAUGAGCAUCAUCUCCAUGGGACUGACCACCAUCACUUGGCUGGUGUUCGGAUUUACCUGGUCCUUUGACGAGUGGGGUGCAGGCAAGGGCUUUACCUAUGUGGGCUUCCGCAACCUCGACGCGGUGUGGUCCGGAACCACCAUGCCAGGAAUGACCUUUGCAGUGUUUCAGAUGACCUUCGCCAUCAUAGCGGCUGCUAUCAUUUCUGGUGCCGUGGUUGAGCGCAUCCGCUUCUCGGCUUACGCUAUCUUCAUCGUGGCCUGGGUCCUUGCAGUGUACGUGCCCCUCUGCCACUGGAUCUGGGGUGGCGGCUGGAUUGCCGAGAUGGGCGCCAAGGACUUUGCCGGUGGAACUGUCGUUCACAUCAGCUCGGGCACCUCUGCGUUUGCUCUGGCAUCGCUGCUGGGGGAGCGCAAGCACCGUUCCGAGUCCUUCCCCAGCAACCUGCCUUUCGUCAUCUUGGGCGGAGGUAUCCUUUGGCUGGGCUGGACCGGCUUCAACGGUGGUUCCGCCUUCGCCGCUAACGGUGACUGUGCCCUGGCCAUCGCCACCACGUAUGUUGCAGCGGCCGCCGCCAUGAUCACCUGGGUCUCCGUCGAGCGCAUCCUCGAUGGAGCUCCCACAUCUGUCGGCGCCAUGUCAGGCGCCGUGGCUGGACUUGUGAACAUCACCCCGUGUGCCGGCUUCGUGGAGCCCCUGGGUGCUCUUGGCGUUGGCGCCAUUGGAGCCAUCUGCUGCGUCUUCGCGGCUCGUGGGUUGAAGAAGCUGAACCUGGUGGACGACUCGCUGGACUGCUUCUCUCUCCAUGGCGUGGGAGGCUUCGCAGGUGCCAUUCUUGGCGGCUUCUUUGACACAGGUGAUGGCCUCAUCUACGGGGGCGACGGGCUCUUGCUGGCGAAGAACCUAGCCGGCGCAGCCUUCGGUGUGGUCUAUUCCGCAGCCGUGACCGCUGUGAUCUUUUUCCUGAUGCGCCUCGUCAUGCGCAUGAGGGUCAGCGAGGAGCAGGAGCUGGAAGGUGUGGAUCUCCAUUGUCAUUCCGAGGUCGCCUACGGCAAGAACGAGAACUCCGGCAAGCCGAACGCCUUCGGUGAGCACUCCCAGCGCUUCAAGCCCGAGGAGGCCCCAACGCUGCUUACCGGAUCGGGACCCACCUGCUCCGCGGCAGAGAAGCCUACAGAGGAGAUGCAGAAGAACAAGCGGUUUCCUGACCACUAUGCUCAAAAGGUGGACAUCUCCAAGGUGUCUAUGGACGUCAUGAAGCCGUGGAUUGCGAAGCGCAUCACGGAAAUGUUGGGCUUCGAAGACGACAUCGUGGUAGACUUCUGCGUGGCGCAGCUCUCGGAGCCCGGAGACAAAGGCCUCGAUCCGAAGAUGCUCCAGGUGAACCUCACAGGCUUCUUGGAAAGGAAGGCGGGAUCUUUCGUCUCGGAGCUGUGGCAGCAUCUCCUCUCAGCUCAGGAAAGUCCGGUCGGCGUCCCGCGCGAGUUCAUCGACCAGAAGAAGGACGAGCUGAAAAAGAAAAAGGAGGAGGCAGAGAAAGUUCAAGAUGAGCUCAAGAGGCGGAGGCAAGACCUCGAAGAAGCUUCGAAACAGGAACGCACUCGGGAUCCUCCAUCGCGAGAGGCAGAUGGCGGCAGAUCUCGCAGGGACGACGACCGUGGUCGCGACGACCGUGGUCGCGACGACCGCGGCCGUGAUCGAAGUCGUGAUCGGCGGCGGGACCGGGACGAUGAUAGAGGUCGCGGCCGUGAUGACCGUGGCCGGGACCGCGACGAUCGCGAGCGCCGGCGCGAGCGGCAACGCGAGCGGUCGGAGUCUGGUAGCCCCAAGCCGCGGGCGAAGCGCGGAGACAAGCGCUUCAAGUGGGAAGACGACUGA